AUGGAUGAAGCGGAGAACGGCAUCAGGAAGCGCACCUCGACGCGCGCGUCCGGGAACGGCGCGAGGAAGCUAUCCCCUUCUCCGACGAGGUCGUCCGCCCCGGAGCAGAGGAAGCCCUCUGCCUCGCCUCCGCCGCCGCGCGUCCCCAGGUGGCUGAUCCUCGACCGCAUCGUCCACCGCAGCAGCAGGAGGCGUUGCGGGGUCGUCGAAGACGACGCCACGGCCUCGGCGCUCGCCCACGAUCCUAUGUGGUGGAGCAGCAUUUGCUCCUUCCCCGUCGACUACUUCGUCUACUCCAGCUCGUCGUCGUCACCGCCGACCCUGACUCUGCUUCCCCCUUGCUUCCACGGCGGCCACACCGACCCCGAGUCUGAUAAGUACUUCGAACCAUACCGCAUCCAGCAGCAGCGCACCAUGUUGGACAAAGAGAUGGGCAUCCUGUGCCACGGUGACCAAGGCGAGUUCACGGUGGCGGAUCUCACGCAGCGUUUCCGCAGGGAGGUCGACCUCUGCCUGCUGCACCACCCGUCUCCUGCCUCCGCCAUUCCGAUUCAGUGGAGCGUUCAGAGGCUGCAGAUCCCUACGGACAUGAAGAUCAACCUCUCCUCGUGGAGGAAUGACGUCGUCGUGCCCAUUGGUAGACGCUUGUGCUGGGUCGACUACUACCAGGGCACGCUGCUCAUAGAUGUCCUCACUGACAGCAACAGCCAGCCAGAUCAUCAGCAGUUGCUCCAGUUCAUCCCACUGCCUUCUCAGGAUUUGAAGUAUCGCCGCCCGUACAGGGAUGCUGGUGUACCUGACCCGUUUCGGUGUGUCAGUGUCACUGACGCUGGCAUCAUUAAGCUCGUCUGCAUUCUUACCAAACAGCCUCCUCCUUAUCCUUUCACCAUAACAACAUGGAUUUUGGAUGAUGUCAACCGAGGUGAAUGGAGGAAAGAUGUCGACACCACAAUGGGCGCUAAGGAGUUCUUCGGUCUUUACGGCACUGGCCAGAGUUGCCUUCCACUUGUGCAGCCAAGUUUUCCUAUGGUUAGCUUAGUUGAUCCAGAUGUCAUCUGUUUCCUGCUGAAUGAUGAAGACCGUAGCCUUUUCUGGACGAUUGCGGUCAACAUGAGGAACAAGAAGCUGCAGUCAAGUGCCCUCUAUAUCAGUGAAGAGGAAGAACAAGAUGGAUAUCCCCCUAAACGGGGCCGCAGGAACUAUUUCUUUGGUCAUUACUUCAUCCCCAGCAAGUUCUCCUCUUACUUGAAUGAGGAUGCCACCACAACGUAA